GGCGUAGUUUUGAGGCGCGAGUCUAGCGGCCACCACGCUGUCUCCACGACUCCCGGUCAGGGUCGCGCCUCUGCCGGCGGCCAGAUGCGGUGUUGGAGGCGCCGGUGAUUGGCGCGUGAUGGACAAGCGCUUUCAAGAGGCCAGAGGGGCGCACACGUCCUUCCUAAUCGAAGACAUCUUGUUCCGGCCCAAGGCCAGUCUGCCACAGGUGGGCGCCAUGGGCCCCGCGCUCAGCCGAGGCCCGCCGCCGGAGGUGUACCCGCUGAUGCCCAGCUCGGCAGUCGCCGCGUACCUGCACCCGGCCGCACACCCGGCCGCCUACUUCCACAAGGCGGACCCCUUCUUCCUGUCGCCCGGUCUGCCGUUCGGCGGGUUGUUCGCCGGCGGCCAGGGCGAGCUGAGCAUCAAGCACUGUCGCCGGCGCAAGGCGCGCACCGUCUUCUCGGACCACCAGCUGACCGGCCUGGAGAAGCGCUUCGAGGCGCAGCGCUACCUGUCCACCCCUGAGCGCGUGGAGCUGGCCAGCGCCCUCAACCUCUCCGAGACGCAGGUGAAGACGUGGUUCCAGAACCGCCGCAUGAAGCACAAGAAGCAGUUGCGGAAGCUGAGCGAAGUCAGCAGGCGCAGUUCGAACCCGGCUCACCCGCUCAAGGGCAGCAGGGCAGAUGCGCCAGUGGACUUCUCCCGAGGGCAGGACGCGAGCUCAGAGCAGAAGGCCGCCAGCGCCACCGACAGCGAAGACGAGAUCGACAUCGUCGGCAUGAGUGGCGCAACGCCCGCCGGCCUGGUGCUGGUGUGAGCGCGCUCCCUUCAGACGUCGCUCCACGUGUGCCGCUCCGAGCAAGCUCUCUUCAGACGUCGCUCCACCUGUGCCGCUCCGAGCAAAUUCUCUUCAAACGUCGCUCCACGUGUGCCGCUCCGAGCAAGCUCUCUUCAGACACCGCUCCGUGUGUGCCCGCUCCCAGCAAGCUCUCUUCAGACGUCGCUCCACGUGUGCCGCUCCGAGCAAGCUCCCUUCAGACGUCGCUCCACGUGUGCCGCUCCGAGCAAGCUCUCUUCAAACGUCGCUCCACCUGUGCCGCUCCGAGCAAAUUCUCUUCAAACGUCGCUCCACGUGUGCCGCUCCGAGCAAGCUCUCUUCAGACGUCGCUCCACGUGUGCCGCUCCGAGCAAGCUCUCUUCAGACACCGCUACGUGUGUGCCCGCUCCCAGCAAGCUCUCUUCAGACGUCGCUCCACGUGUGCCGCUCCGAACAAGCUCUCUUCAGACGUCGCUCCACCUGUGCCGCUCCGAGCAAAUUCUCUUCAAACGUCGCUCCACCUGUGCCGCUCCGAGCAAGCUCACUUCAGACGCCGCUCGGUGUGUGUCCGCGCCGAGCAAGCUCUCUUCAGACGUCGCUCCACGUGUGCCGCUCCGAGCAAGCUCUCUUCAGACGUCGCUCCACCUGUGCCGCUCCGAGCAAGCUCACUUCAGACGCCGCUCGGUGUGUGUCCGCGCCGAGCAAGCUCUCUUCAGACGCCGCUCUACGUGUGUCCGCUCCGAGCAAGCUCUCUUCAGACGCUGCUCUACGUGUGUCCGCUCCGAGCAAGCUCUCUUCAGACGCUGCUCUACGUGUGUCCGCUCCGAGCAAGCUCUCUUCAGACGCUGCUCUACGUGUGUCCGCUCCGAGCAAGAUCUCUUCUAACGCUGCUCUACGUGUGCCCGCUCCGAGCAAGCUCGCUACUCCUGCGGAGAUAGCACGGACUCUUGCUCUGCUCGCCUCGGGGAUGUUAACCGUCGGUGCGUUCUGUCCGUGACGGCACAGGAAACUAUCUAAUAGCUUAAGGGGACGACCUCAGUGUUUUGAAACUCCUGGUGGUCUUGUUUCAGUUCGUGUUUCUGUAUAACGCAAUAAAUAAAGUUAAGCUUGAUUGGAUUAUUUGCGAGUGCGCUGUUAAACAUCUGAUUUACUGUGCGGUGAGGAUGGUGUGCAAAUAUUAAUGAACGGAAACUAAAAAUAAUGUAUUGUUUUACCUUUAAAUGGUGCAGAACAAAAUACUGUAAACUAUUUCAGGUCAUCUUCAAUUGAUACUUUUGUCAAACAUUUGUAUUACAAAAAAAUGUGUCAUGGAAAUGUUCAACAAUUAUUGUGUGAUAAAAUAAAUAUGUAUAUAGUAACAUAACAAA